UUCAAAAACCUAGAAUUCGGACAGCAGAGACUUCCGGAGCUUUGCGUUACGCAAGUCUCUUCGGAGGAGACUCUACCCCCAGGCCGUCGAGUUCUCGGAAGGCCUCAUUGCGUGUUUUCGUAUGGGAUUUGUGGAGCUUGGGUCAGAAGAUUAAGGAAGAUCUGGUGGCAGAGGGCGCAUGAGAGUGGAUGCACAAGCAUGGGAAUAGGCAGGGCCUGGGGAUGUCAGGGAAUGCUGAUUGCGAGCGCGGGAGUUUUGGAGGGAGCUGGGACGAGGGAACUAGGAGAAGGGUUAGUUGUGAGUGUUUUUAGGUAGUGGGACAGAAGCCUGGGCGAACAAGGAAAGGACCUGAUGCAAUGGGUCAGUGUUAUGGAAAGUAUGAGGGAGCUGAGAGAGACGAUUCGUUCGCGCAUGAUGAGUUUCGAGUGCCGAAGAAUCCCAAGCAUGGAUCUUACAGUAGCAAGGGUAGCUUUAACAACGGAGGAACGUCGCCCAUGAGACAGAAGACUUCGUUUAGGAGCAGUCAACCGUCUCCGCGGCACCCCUCAGCUAGUCCACUCCCGCAGUAUGCGAGUUCUCCUGCUUCCACGACUCCUCGGCGUUUUUUUAAGCGCCCGUUUCCUCCUCCUUCUCCUGCGAAGCAUAUCCAGUCGUCUCUAGUGAAACGACAUGGCGCGAAGCCGAAAGAGGGAGGGUCGGUUCCAGAAUCGGUGGAAAAUGAAAAGCCGUUGGACAAGCAUUUCAGGUACUCGAAGGACUUCAUGAAUAAAUAUGAGCUGGGGCACGAAGUGGGUCGUGGGCACUUUGGACACACAUGUUACGCAAAAAUUCGGAAGGGUGAAAACAAGGGGCUACCAGUGGCGGUGAAGAUAAUUUCGAAAGCAAAGAUGACUACAGCCAUUGCCAUUGAGGACGUCCAACGAGAAGUGAAGAUCCUGAAGGCUCUGACUGGACAUCACAAUUUGGUCAGAUUCUACGACGCAUGUGAGGACGGUCUGAACGUGUACAUUGUAAUGGAGUUGUGCGAAGGAGGUGAACUUUUAGACCGCAUAUUGUCAAGGGGAGGGCGGUAUACGGAAGAAGAUGCCAAAAUUGUAGUGCGGCAGAUAUUAAGCAUUGUUGCAUUCUGCCAUCUGCAAGGUGUUGUGCACCGGGAUCUUAAGCCUGAGAAUUUUCUGUUUACUUCUAAGGAAGAACAUGCUCAGCUGAAAGCCAUUGAUUUUGGAUUGUCGGAUUUCAUCAAGCCCGAUGAAAGACUGAAUGACAUUGUAGGUAGUGCAUAUUAUGUAGCACCGGAAGUGCUACAUAGGUCAUAUUCCAUGGAAGCUGAUGUAUGGAGUAUUGGAGUAAUCACGUACAUUCUGUUAUGUGGUAGUCGGCCGUUCUGGGCAAGGACAGAGUCGGGUAUCUUUCGGGCAGUAUUGAGGGCAGACCCAAGCUUUGAAGAGGCUCCCUGGCCUUCGGUCUCAGCUGAAGCUAAGGACUUCGUGAAGCGACUUCUGAACAAGGACAUGCGGAAACGAAUGACUGCCGCACAAGCUCUGACUCAUCCAUGGAUUCGAAGCAACAACGUAAAGAUACCUCUGGAUAUCAUAGUGUACAGACUAGUGAGAGCUUAUCUUCGCGCAACAUCCAUGAGAAAGGCAGCUUUAAAGGCGCUGUCGAAGACUUUGACAGAAGAGGAGUUGUUUUAUCUACAUACCCAAUUUAUGCUUCUUGAACCCAAUAGAAGUGGGCGUAUUACCUUUGAGAAUUUCAGACAGGCAUUGUUUAAAAACUCGACAGAAGCAAUGAAGGAGUCCCGGGUCUUCGAAAUUUUGACUUCGCAGAUGGAUGCACUUUCGUUCAAGAAGAUGGAUUUAUCUGAGUUUUGUGCUGCGGCUAUCAGUGUGCAUCAGUUAGAAGGGACAGAUCGAUGGGAGCAACAUGCCCGUGCUGCUUAUGACAUAUUUGAAAAGGAGGGUAACCGCGUCAUUUCUGCAGACGAACUUGCAAAAGAGAUGGGAUUGGCUCCUACAGUUCCUGCGCAGGUGUUUCAAGAGUGGGUGAGACAUUCAGAUGGCCGGCUGAGUUUCAUAGGGUUCACCAAGCUGCUGCAUGGAGUAACUUUCCGUCCUGUCCGAAACCAGCAGCAGUGAUUCUUUGUGCCGUACAGCCUGCAACGUGGAGUAUUACACUUCAAGCGGUUAUGUACUUCUGAUGUCGUUUGCUGCUUCCCCUCUGCGCUGAGCUGACAGGCUCGUCUUCUGCCUUAGUUUGCCUAGUCAUUAUACAUGACUCGCACUUUUCUAUGUGGUUUAUGGCUUUCGUGGAAGUAAUUUGUCACCUCUCAUCAAUCUGGCUUCGGUCUCCUUUUCGUGAUUGCGCUAUCAAGACAGAAGUCCGGACCUUUUGCAAACCGCAUAAGUAACCGCAGCAUGUCCUCACAAGAAAUAUCAUAGUGGAAUGUAGGAGCACUUCGGCACACAUUUAGUGCUCUUAUUGGCAUGUAGAGUUGAGAUGUUAUUUCCUAGGGAGGAUUCAUGAGGUAGUGAGUGGAGUGUAUAGACCGGCAUAUGCAUUAGGCGAUUAUUGGAGUGCCACUCCUUCAUUAGCGUCAAGUACACGCCAUGGGCACAUUUGGUCAGCAGCGCCAAUGUUGCGUAGUAUAUCCUCCCAUUUCGAUUGUCAAUCACUACUACUAUUUAGUGUUAGGUUGUAGGCAGUCACUGUGGCUUGUUCAAUUUAUGGGACCAUCCUACUUCCCACAUUGUAUCACUUGAGAUGUUCAAUUAUUGUUCAUAAUUUUGUGCUCCGAA